AUGGAUAAGAAGAUAGUGCGCAUAAGGGGUCGCCGGGGCGCGUCUGGAGCUGGCGCUGGACGCGGCAGCAUGCGGGCCGCCAGCCGAGCGCGAGGAGCUGCACGGUCACCUAGCAGCUCUCAGCAUCCAUCAUCCCCACCAGAAGGCUUGGUAUCGGCUGGGUCCUCUCGGACUCAGCACACGGCACCCGCCGCUGGUGGAGCACGUCGCAUGCAUUGGUCACAAGCAAUAAAUGCAAACGCAUUGCGGGCGUACUUUAGGGCAAAAGGGGAAGAAACUGGAUGUUUGGCAUAUCGGGCUAGGAUGCAUCGUCUAUUUGCUGAGCUGGAGCCAUCUUUAACCGUCACAGAGCAAAACCUGGCAGACCGAGUUCGGUAUAUCUUGCGCUCAAAUAUAUUUGAUGUCGCCGAACUCGAACGGCUACGACGUGAGGCUGUUCCCUCGUCGGAUGAGAAUGCUACGGCUGAGGAUGCGGCGCCACAAAUGGUAGAGCAACCCGCAAACGUGGAUGCCGCCGUGAAUACCCCAGUUGUGGUUGAUUCAAACGAUGAUGGAACAGUCGCCCAGGAACUGAAUUAG